GGCGCUGGGGAGCGAGGAGCGCAGCGCGCCCGGGUGCUGGGCGGCGGCAGCGGCGCUGCGGGAUGGUUCGCGCCCGGCCCCGCUCCCAGCGCAGCGCGGCGGGUGGCGGCGCCGCUUGCACAGCCCGCGGCAGGCGUGUGGUGUCUAGCUUACCAGUCAACUGCCUGGAGUUAUCCUUUACCCCAAAUACUUGAUGGUCGCGGUGCAGGCAGGAGAAAACUUCGCUUAAGUUGCAGUUACAGAUAGGAAAGAAGAGCGGACAAGAAUUCUAACCGCGAACUCUAGUCCAAGGCUGGCUGAAAGCUCUAGAAUCGCGAGCCCGUCGAAUCAACCGGAGAAAACAACUCAGAGAAGAGCUCUGGAUACACACACACACACACGGAGUUUGCUAGGCUCCGUGGAACGAGCGCAUAGGGAAAGGAGUUUUAAAACUGAUAUCAAAGACAGAACCACCAUCUUUUAAGCUCUGUGAUCUGAACUUAAACAUUGACCAUGUCUAUUAUGGACCAUAGCCCCACCACUGGAGUGGUGACUGUCAUUGUUAUUUUGAUUGCCAUUGCAGCCCUGGGUGCCUUGAUACUGGGCUGCUGGUGUUAUCUGCGCCUGCAGAGGAUCAGCCAGUCUGAGGAUGAAGAGAGCAUUGUGGGAGAAGGAGAAACCAAAGAGCCUUUUCUUUUGGUACAGUACUCUGCUAAAGGACCUUGCGUUGAGAGGAAAGCUAAGCUGACUCCUAAUGGCACAGAAGUUCAUAGCUAACUUAAAGCAGCAUAAUGUGUAUCUGGACUACAUCUGAGAUGUGUGUAACCGGCAGAAAUGAUACUGUGAAGGACUUAAACAUACACAUGCUGUUCUCCUCAGCAAACACCUUCUUGAGAUGCAGCAUGUGAUACAGCUUUGUUGGUUUGCAACUGCAUGCACUGAGAUAUUAUACUUUGCAUCAAUCCUGUACUUCAACUGCUUGGCUCUAGGAGCAGACUUCCCUGCUGUAAAGUCCAUUGCCGGCAAUGGGGACACAGGGAUAUACUGGCAAGAAGUUAAUGGCAUUUUUGUUACUUGAAUGUUUAGCUGAGCCUAUUGAUUGAGCUACUACUGUAAUGUGAACUACUUGAAACUGUGAACUGUGAAUAGGCUGCCAGGAGUUUUGCUCUAUGUUCCACAGACAUGGAAGUGGUAUGAAGUAAACCCAAGUAGUACACACUUGGACUUCUGAGCCACGUCAGUAUAGAUGGAAUUCCAGACCUUCAAAACCAAAUCUGCAGUUAAAGCUCGUUUCUACAAUGAAGUUCUGAGUGCAGAACCAUAAAGACAGAACUGUCUGGUUUGGGUUUUGUUUUGUUUUUUAAACAGCUUAUGGGACUGAUGCAGAACACUUUCCUUGAAUGCAGGCAUGUCAUUUCCUUAGGGUGUCUGGGCAGAAAGCACAGGAACUACAAGGAAAAAAAAAUGUACCUUUUUUCUUUAGGUAGAUUAAGCUAUUAGCUGCUAAUACUGUGAGUGCUCUUAACCAUGUAGCUACUGCAAGGAAGCUGCUAUAUUAACCAAUUCCAUCCAAUCUGGGAACUAAUGAUGGUUACUUAACUUCAUAGAUGGUCCAGAAGGUUUCCAGAAGAGUUAACAUGGCAGCAGAGCAGAUCUUUCCCUUCUGUGAGUAAGCAUGUUAACAUUGCAGAAGUGGUUCUUUUUCACUAAAACUGGCAUAAAUGUAACUAGUCUGACUUUUCCUGUAACCACUGUUUAUACGUGUACCUAGCACUGGGGGCAUAUGUAAACAUGAAGGAA